ACAAAGGAGAGAGAGGCUUUAUGGGAGCCCCUGGAUUUCCAGGUCUUAUUGGAAAACCAGGAUUACCAGGCUUUCCUGGAGAACCAGGAUUAAAUGGCACAGAUGGAGUUCCAGGUUCAGCAGGCCUUACAGGGCCACCUGGAGUUAAAGGAGAAAAAGGAGAUCAUGGAUUAACAGCAAUGUUAGAUGGAAUUUCCUAUCCAGGAAGAGUAGAGAGCCCUCCAGGCCCUCCUGGGCCACCAGGUCCUCCAGGCCCUUCUGGACCACCUGGUCCUCCAGGAAGAAAGGGUGAUGAUGGUCUAAUGGGUCUACCUGGGGAAUCAGGAGAGAAAGGUGAUAAGGGUGAUCGCGGCAAGCGUGGCAAGAGGGGAAAGCGUGGUAGGCAUGGGAAGUUUGCUGGAAGAGGGAAACCAGGUCAUCCUGGCCUCAAAGGUGAUGUUGGGCCUAAAGGAGAGAAAGGAACGAAAGGAGACAAGGGGCACAUUGGUCUUCCUGGUAAACAGGGUGACUUUGGACCUGCAGGAUUACCAGGCGGUGAUGGGAAGAAUGGUGCAUCAGGACCACAAGGACCUCCAGGGCUACCUGGGCAGCCAGGACCUAAAGGUGACAAAGGCAAUGCAGGAAUAAUGGGUCCACCUGGUUUAAUGGGACCACCUGGACUACCAGGUCCACCAGGAAAAGCAGGAAUGGAUGGAAGUAAAGGUGAAAAUGGUGCUGUGUCUCCUGUAAGGUACAUCCACCAGAAUAAUGGUAGCAUUGAAAGCACAAAGGAAUUUAUCACAGGUCCCCCAGGGCCUCCUGGUCAUCCAGGACUUAGAGGAUUACAAGGUCCACCAGGAAUCAAAGGUGACAAGGGAACAGAUGGAGAGAAAGGUGAACCUGGUGAAAAGGGAGAAAGAGGAGGUCAAGGGCCUAUGGGACUGCCUGGUCCAAGGGGAUUACAGGGUGAAACUGGAUUUCCAGGAAUUGAUGGUACACCAGGAGAAAUGGGUAUUAAAGGGGAUAAAGGUGAUAGAGGCUCCCCUGGACUGGUAGGAAGGAGAGGAAAGAAAGGUGAUAAAGGAGAGCCAGGUGACCAGGUAAGUCCUGGGCUAGAUGCCCCCUGCCCUCUUGGUCCUGAUGGGCUACCUUUUGCUGGGUGUGGAUGGAAACCUCCUGAUGAGGAGAGUUCAACAUACGUCGGACUUAAGUAAUGUUCAACACGUCACGUCAACAGGCGACACCUUCAUCAAUCGGUUUGUGAUCAUGAAGUCAACGGAUCUCGUGUUCUAGAAUCUCGAGCGCUGCUGCUUUUUAUUUUUUUAUAACUGAACUUUUUUUUUGGCGUUUCUUAUAAAAUGAACCAGAACAUGUCUAUAGUUUGUAGAUAAAAAAAGGUAAUUUUAAAAGUAAUGAGUGGGUUUAGAGAGAAGGAGGCUAAGCUGACGUAUCCUCCCCUCCCUCCUCUAUUAGACUGUAUAAAUAUAUACAUUUCCUGAAGCCACAAGGUGUAAAUAAUGGUAUUUUGGUCCAAAGUCUCCGACAGAGAUAAUUUUACCUGCUCCAAAUGUGUGUCGUAGAUAUGAAUGUAAAAUAGACAAAAAAUAUGUUUUUGUCUGAGUAACGUUUUGAGUUUGUUUCAUUAACGAUAGAAAAAAAGGGAGAUUGAGCCAUUAGUGUUAAGACUAAAUUAUGGGUUUACUAUAGAAUUGUUGCAGUUUCAAAGCAGCUUAUUCUAAGCCGAAUGUGGUGUAUUUUAUGCAAAUCAUUGCUGGGAAACAGACAGUUCUGGAACGUAACGCCAUCACAGAUGUGUGCGUUACUUGGUUAACACAGAGUUCAUACGAGAAAAUGAAUUAUAAGUUAAGUCGACAGAGUAUUGUGACGUGUGUUUAUUGUACAAUAUUUAUUUUAGCUUAACUUGAUCAGUAAUAAAACAUGAUCUUGAUGUGUUUACCGUAACAGUUAAUAAAAAUAAGGUACAUGUAGUAUUAAUAUUGAGACAACGUUCGAUGGUACGUAAUCCAGAUUCACUGUUUUACUUGUAGGGAUAACAUUAUAGUGUGGUCGUGUAUUCUUUACUAUUACUACUUUGUACCUAAUAAAGCCUGCUUUUGAAAGUG